UGGGAAUGUUUUCAGGUGGCCAUUGGGCUUUGUUUUUGCCCUUCGUUUAAAUAAAUGUUUUAAAUUUUACCGUGUAUUUUUAUUGUCACAUCACUAUUAUUAUUUUUAUUUAGGACAUCUUAACCGUCCAUCUGCUAACAGCUUUCUGCAGUUUAGCACCGGUGUGUUACUACUACAGAGUUAAUCAUGAAUGUAAACCAAGGCACAGUCGGGAGUGACCCAGUGAUCCUGGCCACCGCUGGGUAUGACCACACAGUGCGGUUCUGGCAGGCACACAGUGGGAUCUGCACCAGAACAGUGCAGCACCAGGACUCUCAGGUGAAUUCACUAGAAGUAACACCUGACAGGAGCAUGAUUGCAGCAGCUGGUUAUCAGCACAUACGUAUGUAUGACCUCAACUCAAACAAUCCAAAUCCUGUAAUCAAUUAUGAUGGCGUCAGCAAAAACAUCACAUCAGUCGGCUUCCAUGAGGAUGGCAGAUGGAUGUACACCGGAGGAGAAGACUGCAUGGCUCGUAUUUGGGAUCUGAGAUCAAGAAAUUUACAGUGUCAAAGAAUCUUCCAGGUCAACGCACCUAUCAAUUGUGUGUGCCUUCAUCCCAACCAAGGCGAAUUGUUUGUUGGAGAUCAGAGUGGUGUGAUCCAUGUCUGGGAUCUUAAAACAGACCAUAACGAACAGCUUAUCCCAGAGCCAGAGGUGUCCGUCAACUCUGUGCACAUCGACCCUGAUGCUAGCUACAUGGCUGCCGUCAAUAGCUCUGGCAACUGUUACGUGUGGAAUUUGGCUGGAGGAAUAGGUGACGAGGUGACUCAGCUUAUUCCCAAAACCAAAAUUCCUGCUCACAAACGUUACUCUUUGCGCUGUAAAUUUAGUCCUGACUCCACAUUACUCGCUACCUGCUCUGCAGACCAGACAUGUAAGAUCUGGAGGACCUCCAACUUCUCCCUGAUGACUGAGCUAAGCAUUAAAAGCAACAACCCUGGAGAGACGUCUCGUGGCUGGAUGUGGGACUGUGCCUUCUCUGGAGACUCGCAGUAUAUUGUCACAGCCUCUUCAGAUAACCUGGCACGUCUGUGGUGUGUAGAGACAGGGGAAAUCAAACGUGAGUACAGUGGGCAUCAGAAGGCUGUGGUGUGUCUGGCCUUCAAUGACAGUGUGCUUGGUUAAAUCCGAAACUGUCAUUAUCUCCCAUUCUGAGGAAGAAGGCAGCAGGACUCUUUACUGUCUCAAGGAUUACAGCCUUGAGAACUACAUCAAGACAAAUAAGGUUCAAACUAUGUUACGUUAGUGACAGAAAUAGUGACUGUUAUUUUGAUUAUUGUGAAAUUGUAAUGUAUUAUUGUUUGUGUAUAACUACACAGUUUAUGAAAAAAGAACAUUAAUCAGUUCACUCAAGGGAAUCAAACCAGUCAAGGGAGCAUCAAAGAACUUGCAAGACUGUAUCUCGGAUAUGCGAUUUUUGUUUCAGCAGGAAUCCUGCUAAAUAAUGUAUAUUAAUUAAGACCUUUAGAAAUACAAAGCAGUAUCAGGAAACAUAGGGAAAUAUUUAAUUGUAAAACCUUAAUUUCACCUCAGAGUGUAGAAAUUUAAUAAUAAUAAUGUUAAAUAGGAAUUGCAUAUGAUUGUUCUUUUUUCUAAAAGGUACAUGAUUUUUAAAUAUUCAGGCAGUAGAUAAAAUUUAAAAUCCCAGGUAAAAUGUGUAAAAAUAGCAAUACAUGGAAAACAUAUAACUAUUGUAAUAUAUAUAUUUGUGAUAUGCAAACGUGUGCUGCUGAAAUAAUGUCCUCUUCCGAUAUUUUGGCCUUUAAUUUGACAAGUUAAUAAAAACCAUUCCACAA